AUGGUGGCCGCCGAAUCCCUGGUCGACCUCAAAGACACCUAUGACGAAAAGGAAGACGAUGUCGACUCUCUGCCUUCGACGUCUUCCUCUAGCGAGCUCUACUCCGAUGCCGACUCCGACGCCCAGGCCGAAUGGGAUCGGUCUCUUGAGCAGCUCCAACUUCUACUGACCAUGAUGGUAGUUCCGUGGGUGGGUAAAUAUUUUGGCAGGAAAUUUGCCUACUGGAGAGACGCCUUUCAACACUCGGGCGAUCUGCCUUUUUACAACCCCAUAUGA